AUGGCUCAACCUCCACCUACUAGAAACCCACCCCCUGGGAACCCACCUACCGCGAACCCAGAUCAUCCUUCAAACCCUUAUUACCUCCAUUAUUCGGAGAGCCCAAGCACAAUGCUUGUUUCCCAACCCCUCUCUGUUUUAGGGGAAAAUUACCAUUAUUGGCGUCAAUCCAUGCUCAUUGCUUUGGAAGCCAAAAACAAGCAUGUUUUUCUUGAUGGAACUCUUGCUUGUCCUAAUCAGAAUAACCCUCUUUUUGGAGCUUGUGUUUUAUAUAUUGCCAAUGCCAAAGAAGUUUGGGAUGACUUAAGAGAUCGUUUCUCUCAAGCUAAUGGCCCACGAAUAUUUCAACUUCAAAGUCAAAUUUCUGGUCUCUCUCAAGGGGCUCUUUCUGUUUCUGCCUAUUUCACUAUUCUGAAAGGGUUGUGGGAUGAACUCAGCAACUAUAAACCACUCCAUGUAUGUUCAUGUGGUGCCCUCAAAGAAGUUGUUGCUGUUCAACACUCUGAAUAUGUCAUUCAAUUUCUAGUUGGUCUUAAUGAAUCUUUUUCAGCUGUGAGAGCUCAAAUCCUCCUUAUGGUACCCCUCCCACCCAUUAAUCAAGUUUUUUCUCUAGUUCAUCAAGAGGAAAGACAACGUGAGAUUCUUCCCACCCCUCCUGUGGAACCUAUAGCUCUUUUAUCUCGACAAGACUAUAUCAAAGCUAAUAGACAGCCUUUCUCUCGUGCCAAAGAAAGACCUCUAUGUAGCCAUUGUGCAUCCACUAUGUCCUUCACAACUGAGCAGUACCAACAGUUGAUUUCUCUGCUGAAUUCAAACUCUGUGCAGCCCACAGGUUCUACUACUCAGUCUGCCAAUCUGGCAUUUUCUCACAAUAUCUCAGGACCUUACCAGCAAGAGAAUAAUUGGAGUGGGUGAAGAGCGAGAUGGCCUAUAUUUCUACAAACAAGCAGCCAUGAAUAACUCUAUUUCUAGUAUUACAGUUUAACCAUGUCUUUUUUAUUUAUGGCAUUUCAGACUUGGGCACAUUUCUGCUUCUAAAAUCAGUUUGUUACAAAAAUUAGACUCCAAUAUUACUUACUCAAACUCCUUUCAUUGUAA